CUCCAAUCCGCAUGCAUCCUGGGACAGGUGGAAUUAUGAGAUUUGAAUCUUUGAUUUUUUUCCCAAUUUUUUGGGUUUCUUUCUUCAUAAUGUAAGGUUAUAAAUUUCCGUUUUAUAAAAGUGUCUUGCAAGUGUAAAUGCGUCGUGUGUUUCCUUUGCGCUCCUUGCUCCUCUUUACCACCGUGAGAUUGGACGCUGUAGUACCGGUUCCGAAUACGAUUUCUACGUGUGCAGGUUCUGUUCGAUCUUUCUCUUCAUCUUCAUCUUUGUUUUCUGGAAUUGGCUUUGGUUUUGGUUCCGCUUCGAGAAAUAUAAAUUGCACGACGAUUGUGAAGGGAAAUUCUAUCGCGUGGAAUCCACAUACCCACACCCAUAACCGUAUACCCAUUCCUCAAUUUUCGCAAACUCGAACCGCAAAAAUGUCGACGGCGAGUGAGAAUGUAAAAGAGGUGGUUGAUAGGGCGGGGGAGCCCGCAAGUAAGCAAGAAGAGACACUGGGUGAGAAUGAGGAGAGGAAAGAUGCAUUGAAGGAAAUUGAAACGGAAGAGCAAAAAAUCGAAAAGAAAGAAGAGAAGAAAGAAGAUGCGCUCCCGAAAUUAAGCGCGGCGGAUUUUAAAAUUUAUAAUUCCAUGGCGGAACAUAUGAAUUAUUUUCACAACCACUUCCGCCAAACCUGGACCCUCCUCAAAACCGCCACGACCGCCAACCAACGCCCACGCAAUCUCUCUCUACGUCAAUUCCUCCAAACCGGUCUUUCCUUCCUCUCCCAACUCGAAGUACACCACAACAUCGAAGAACAACACAUCUUCCCCGUGCUCGCGCGCAAGAUGCCGGAAUUCGCGAAUGGGAAAAAUGCAGCGGAGUUGUUGCGACAGCAUAGGGAGAUUCAUCGGGGGAUGGAUGGCAUGCAGGAGUAUUUGGAGAAGUGUAGGGAUGGAGAGACGGAGUUGAGUUUGAGGGUUUUGGGGGAAAAGAUGGAUGGGUUUGGGGAGGUAUUGUGGAAGCAUUUGGAUCAGGAGGUGGAGACUUUGGGGGCGGAGAAUAUGAGGAGGUUUUGGUCGAGGGAUGAGAUGAGGAGGAUGCCGAUGUGAGGGGUGGGAGGUAUAGGGGAAUGAAGAUUUAGCGAGGAUGGACAGGGGCUAGGAAUGGGUGGGAAGAGAUGCGAAAGCAGCCUACUGAUUUUAAUAGGAUUGGGGAGGAGAUAUGUUAAUUCCUUGAAAUUAGCCAGCUUGAAGAUUUAAGUUAUACCAUCCAAAGAAAGAUAAAUUAAACUAU